CCUCCAGCCAUCACUAAGACACUCAAAGCCAUGGGGCGCAAGCAGGCACCUCCGCGCGGACGCGGAGCUAAGCGUCAGGGCAUCGCUGCGCAGGCUCUUCGUGGUGGUAAAAGCCAGAUAGGUCAGCAAAACCGCACGGCUCCAAAGAAACUCGUGGGUAAGCAGCAGAACGCUCAGAAGUUACAGCAGAAGCGCGAGCAGCUUCGCAGCCAGCAGGUCGGACGCAACCGCGGCGUCGUCUCCGGCCUGAGUCUGGCUGAGCUCGCAGGUCGUGCUGCACAGAGCUCACAGCAGUUUGAGCAGAAUCAGAUUCAGCAGGCGCAGAGUCAGACACAGGACGAGCUGGUCAUCAACGAUGCGAGUCGCCGUGCCUACAUGAAGGAGCUUCGGAAGGUAGUCGACAAGGCCGACGUCAUUCUGGAGGUAUUGGACGCGCGCGACCCCAUGGGCUGCCGUACGCUCGAUAUGGAGGACGCUAUCGGUAACCGUCACGGCAAGAAACUGGUAUUGGUGCUCAACAAGGUGGACCUGGUGCCUCCACAUGUUCUGCAGCCGUGGCUCAAAUAUCUUCGGGGCUUCUACCCCACUGUGGCCUUCAAGGCGUCCACGCAGAAUCAAUCCAAGCACCUCAGUGCCAACUUCGGACGAGCAGACAAAGCAGCGGGUGAAGCUGUUAGUGGCAGCAAAGCCGUAGGCACGGACGCGCUUAUGCAAUUGCUUAAGAACUACUGCCGUAGUCACGGCGUCAAGACAGCCAUUACAGUCGGAGUCAUUGGAUACCCGAACGUCGGUAAGAGUUCGGUAAUUAACUCGCUCAAGCGUAGCAAAGCUGCUAGUGUAUCGAGUACAGCAGGCCACACCAAGGUCAUGCAGGAGGUGCAUAUCGAUAGUAAGAUCAAGUUGCUGGACUGUCCUGGUAUCGUGUUUGACCACUCGGACUCAAGCGCGUUGCUGCUGCGAAACUGCAUCAACACCGAGUCGAUGGCGGAUCCAGUUGGAGCAGUACAGGUCUUACUGACGCGCUGUCAGCCGGUGCAGCUAGCAGAGCUCUACCAACUGUCUGUAGACAUAGUCUCCAAGUGUUUUCAAGACGCGGUGCAGUUUCUGGUGCUUGUAGCGCAGUCCAAGGGAAAGCUGGGCAAGGGAGGUAUCCCCGACCGCCAGGCUGCUGCUCGCAUUGUGCUGCAGGACUGGAACCGAGGCAAACUGCCGUACUUCACUCCACCUCCGGACCAAAGCGUCCAGGUGCUGGACACGCAACUGGUGACGUCGUUCGGACAGGAAUUCAACGUCGCCGACGAGGACCUGAACCCGACGAGCAUCUUUCUACCGGACUCGGAUACCUCCAACGGCGGUAUUCCCGGUCCGCAGUGCUCGAUAUCCGUAGCUGCUAGCGGUAGUGGCGACGUGGCAAUGGGAUCUGCGUCGACGACGGCUUCUGAGCCCACACCUGCCUCCGCUCGCAUCAACCAAAUGCUGGGUGAAAGCGACUCAGAUUCUGAUUCCGACAUGGAGUCGGACUCGGAGAUGGCAGACGAUGGAGCCGACGCUGGAGGCUUCACACUGCCGCAUACUGCUCUAUCGACCAAGGAGUUGGCGGCCAAGUUGGCCCAGGACGCUCUGAACCCGCAGACAGCUCUGGCUGCUCGACGGAAGGCUAAGCAAUGGCGCAAACUCAAACGCCGUGCUGCGCGCCAGCAGCUGGGCGCAGAGGCCGAGAACUCGUUCAGCGAGCAGUUCGGCAGCGUCGUGGGCUUUGCGACUCCUACCUUCACAAAUCCCUUUUCGACUCAGUAGAUACAGUUUUGUUUUAUACAAGUCUUAGACACAUAAUGGUAUUUGAUUGUUUCUCUUCGGCUUCCUCUGGUCUGCUGCGUCAUGAUGCAGCUAGAAAAUUGCAAUACGCAUUGUAGUGUCGAUGGACACGCUGGUCGUAGCUGCGUCUUGAUGGCUCAGCUAAAAAAAACUCUCUCAGUGUCAUUCUCCUUAACUUCUGGGGGACGUAAUUAUGGCCGGCGUCGUGAUCGCAUUGGGUGGCGUCAAGGCCAUCUCGUACUCGAUGCUCCCGCUGCGUUGACGUGCCUCAGCGUCGCCCUCCUGGUUGGCCAUGUGUCUCUUCCUGGCGUAGACCGCAGCGACUGCAGCGACGGCAACAACCGCGGCCGCUACUGCGAUACCGGCGACAGUGGCAGCGCCGAUUCCCCCGGUACUGGUAACGUCACCAGCCGACAUCUGGACCGGCGAAGAGUCCGAGGUAGUGCUGUCAUCGUCUCCCACUUCAGUGUCGUCGUCUCCGACCUCUGCGUCCUCGGAGCCACUGCUAGAAGAGCUUCCGUGUGGCGUCGUAGCCGCUGGAGUGGCCGUAGGCGUCGUCGUUUUAGUAGCCGCUGGGGUAGCAGACGGUGUCUCGGUAGUGUUGGUCGCCGCGGGGGUCGGCGUGGGGGUUGUAGCCGCAGGCGUAGCCUUCGGUGCUGUCGUAGUAGCAGCGGGCGUGGCCUUAGGAGCCGUGGUAGUAGCAGCCGGCGUGGCUGUGGGCGCCGUCGUAGUGGCAGCAGGCGUGGGCGCUGGUGUGGUGGCGGCCGGCGUCACCUGGGGCGUUGUCGGUGCGGGUGUGGGCCUUUCGCCACAGUUGUAGAGAUCACGCAGCUCGGUCGUCUGUACGAACCAGCUCUCGUCGUAGUCCUCGUUUCCAUCGAACGAUCCAGAGCCGUCCAAGUCCACGGUGUCGUCUCCAUCGUAGUCCCAGGUCUCGCAUUUGGGUUUGACCUCCACGACGCCGUCG